GAACAGGAAUGUUCCCUGGGAGAGAACAGCCCUGUUCUUACUCUCCUCACCAAGCUUCAGAGCUGAGGCAAAAGAACACAGGUAGCAGCACGGCCUAAAUUUGUAGUUAGAAGUUCUUCAUCCUUCUGUCCUGAUUUGGAGAUACUGCCACGUGCUGUAGCCACCACACUGAGGUGUGACAGUGGAGGAUUUGGGUCAGCUUUGAGUCUGGGGUGGCCCAGGGGUAGGUAUGCUGCCCAGGGAAGGCCACUUUGUGGGAGAGCUUGUGAGGGUGAAGUUGGGAUAAGGGGCAACCAGACACCAGGUAGAAAUUCUGUCCCCACUGUUGCUCAAUGGCCUUCUGGCUCUUCACUCCUUACAACAUUGUGCUGCUCUCACAGAUUGCCCAUGUGACAUUAUUGACUUAUCCUGACCUCACAGAAUUCCAAAACGUUGCUCCUGAAGGGUUUCCAUGGUGAUCUACUACUGACUCUUGAAAGCUUUAAAGAAAUCGGACCAAGAAGUUCAUUGAGUUGUCAAGGGACACGCAGUUUGUGACAGAGCCACGAGGAAAACAAGCGCGAUUCAUUAUCUCACAAGAAGUCACCAAAACUAUCUUAUGAAAAGGACCUUUUGAGAAACUGUAACCCAGUUAAAACUAAAAUGAAACAUUCGUGCCCUAAAGCUCUCCAUACUCCUUUUACUGGGCUUUCUGUGGUUUUCCUCCUUAGGGAUAAUAAGCAGUGUUAAUAGGAAAAGAGUUCAGUGAUGCAGCCUGAGUAUUUCAUGUUAAUUUUAGUGAAAGAGCAAUGCCUUAUUCUGUCUGUACUUUAAUGCAACUAAGUUGUUUAUGUUAAUCAUUCAGAAAAUCAGCUAGGUUGUUCUUUAGCCAGAGAGAAGUUGAGUCAAUGAAAAGCUGUACGGUUUAGUCCACGUGUCCACUUCCCGUCUCAUGUGGACAGGUGGUACUGCCCUUGCACGGUCCUUUCUUGGCCUCCCAGCCGAACCUCCCCAGUUCUCUACACUCUCCCCAGAGCAGCAGAAUGAACACAUCUCAGGCCUCAGUGUCCUUCAAGGACGUGACUGUGGAGUUCAGCCAGGAGGAGUGGCAGCACCUGGGCCCUGCUCAGCGGGCCCUCUACAGAGACGUGAUGCUGGAGAUCUACAGCCACCUCGUCUCCGUGGGGUAUUGCUCUAUAGAACCAGAAAUGAUCUUCAAGUUGGAACAAGAAAACCCAUUAUUAGUAGAGGACAAAUUUCUAAUUGGGAGUUAUCCAGAAGACUGCCGACGUGAUCUUUUAGAGAAGAGCCAGGAAAACCAAGUCAAGUGUUUAUGUCAAGUUUUAUUCACCACCAACAGACCAUUGACUACACAGCAAGAGAAAAUUUUAGGAAAACCAUGUAAUCUGGUCACAGAUGUUGUUCCUUCAGGAAAAAGACUCUCUACAGGUGAUGCUGUGGGGACUACAUACUUGGAUCUCUACCCAUUAGCUCCUCAUAAUGACUCAAAAAAGAAGACUGAUGAAUUUAGUGCAUCUCAUUCCAAUACUAGAAAUGAGAGAACUAACCAUGGAGAAAAGUCUUUCGAUUACAAUCAAAAUGUGCAAACCUUUAGUUGUGUGGAGGAACUUACUUUGAGGCAGUCUUUUGAAUGUAAUGAACGUGGUAAUGUUCUGCAUGAUAAGGCUGCGUUCAUUACAUGGAACAGUGCUUACAGAAAAGAGAGAUCUUAUUGUGAAUUUGGAAGAAACCUAUUUGAUGAAUGGACCCUUGUUUCUCCAAGUAUUCACACAAGGAAGAGUCACUGUGAAUUUCAGGAAGAUAAAUGUAAUAAAAUGUGGAACAGCUUCAGGAGGGUUGCUAAACUUCAGAGAACUGAUAUAAGAGAGAAUACUUUUGGUCAAAAAGCACAAUUCACAGAAUAUCAGAGAACUCACACAGGAAUGCAACCACUUGAGUGUGGUAAAAAUUUCAACUACAAUUCAGCCAUGAAUGUACAACAGGAAACUCACACAAUAGAGCUAUCUUCUGAUGAUAAGACACGUGAGGAAACUUUCAGUUCUCAGUCAGCCUUUCAUAUGCAGCAGGGAACUCACAGGAGGGAACAACACUAUGAGUGUAAUGAAUGUCAAAAAUUCUUCUGUAGGAGGUCAUCCCUCGUUUUACAUCACACAGGUAAGAAAAUGUAUGAGUGUAAUGAAUGUGGGACAGCAUUUUCCUGGAAAAUUUCCCUAAUUGUACAUCAAAAAAUGCACACAAGGGAGAAACCCUAUCAAUUUAAGAAAUGUGAUAAAAUUUAUACCCAGAAGUCAAGCUUUGGAAAACAUCAGAGAACUCACACAUGGGAAAGACGCUGUGAAUGUACUGAAUGUGGAAAAACUUUCAGUAAGAUGUCAAACCUUAUAAAUCAUCAAAGAACUCACACAGGGGAGAAACCCUAUCAAUGUAAUGAAUGUGGGAAAAGUUACACCCAGAAGUCAAGCCUUGUAAAACAUCAGAGAACUCACACAGGCGAAAAACCCUAUGAAUGUGCUGAAUGUGCUAAAAGUUUUACACACAAAACAGACCUUGCAGUACAUCAGAGAACUCACACAGUGGAGAAACCUUAUAAAUGUAAUGAAUGUGGAAAAACUUUGAGUAAGAUGUCAAACCUUAUAAAUCAUUACAGAAUUCACACAGGGGAGAAACCCUAUCAAUGUCCCCACUGUUAUAAAACUUACAGCAAUACAUCAAGCCUUGUAAGACAUCAGAGAACUCACACAGGGGAGAAACCCUAUGAAUGUAAUGAAUGUGGGAAAGCUUUCGUCUCCUUAUCACGGCUCAGAGAACAUCAGAGAAUUCACAAAGGGUUGAAACCCUAUGAAUGUACUGAAUGUGGGAAAACUUUUGCACGCAACACAAACCUUGUACUACAUCAGAGAACUCACACAGGAGAGAAACCGUAUGAGUGUAAUGAGUGUGGAAAAGCUUUCACCUCCAUGUCACACCACAUUGUACAUCGGAGAACACACACAGGAGAAAAACCGUAUGAAUGUAUUGACUGUGGAAAAACUUUCCGCCACCGAUCAUGCCUUAAAAAUCAUGAAGGAAUUCACACAGGGGAGAAACCCUAUGAAUGUAAUGAAUGUGGGAGAGCUUUCAUCUCCUUAUCACGGCUCAGAGGACAUCAGAGAAUUCACAAAGGAUUGAAACCCUAUGAAUGUACUGAAUGUGGGAAAACUUUCACACACAAAACAAGCCUUGCAGUACAUCAGAGAACUCACACAGGGGAGAAACCGUAUGAGUGUAAUGAGUGUGGAAAAGCUUUCACCUGCAUGUCACACCGCAUUGUACAUCAGAGAAUUCACACAGGGGAAAAACCAUAUGCAUGUAUUGACUGUGGAAAAACUUUCAGCCGGAGAUCAUGCCUUAGAAGUCAUGAGAGAAUUCAUACAGGAGAGAAACCCUAUGAAUGUAACAAAUGUGGAAAAACUUUCCGCCGGAAGUCACAUCUUGGAAAACAUCAGAGCACUCACCACAGGAGAGAAACCCUGUGAAUCUGGAAUAGUAUAUUUUCAUGUCAUACCUCAAAGGACAUCAGAGAAUUCAUGAAGGGGAAAAACUCUGUGAAUGUAUGAAAUGUGGGAAAUUUUUUCUUUGGAAAUCAGCCUUCAUAGUAUGUUAGAGACUGUAUAGAGGGAAAAAUGCUACAAAUGUAACUGAUGUAGAAAAGCUUUUGUUUCCAAUUAACGCUCAAAAUUGAACUUACGAGACAAUUCUCACAGGGAAAUGUGAUUUACACACUUUCAACAGUGACUCUCAGCUAUGAAAACGUCAGGAAACUCACAAAGGUGAAAAAUCCUAUGAAGGUGGUAAUGUAGGAAAAUCUUCAUAGAGUUGUCAGAUGUAAAAAGCCAAGGGGAGGAAGUGUAACUUUUUCUUGUACUCUGUUAAGUUCAGUGGCUGAAUCCUUGCAAAUUGGAAGACAUUAGCAGGAGAAACUGGUUUAUUUCAUAUGCGUAUGAAGAGCGUCAAAUAAAUAGAAACUCCAAGGAGGUGAACAGACCUGGAGGCUUACAUGCCAUUUUAACAAAAAGACAAUGCAUUUGCAAACAAGUGUCCAGACAGAAAUAAUGGCGUAGAGCUUCUACAGGUGGUAAGUUGUAGGAAGGUCAAUAUUCGGGGAAACCAAUAAGAGAAGAGUGUUAUUAUUUCAUUAAGAUUUGUUUAUGCAUAUAUUAGUUGGUGCCAUCUCCAAGGAUACUAGUUGUCUGCUCUUGCUUAUACACAGAGGAGAUGGGGAACACCUUUAUGAAGAGAGACUUAUGCCCUGACAUUUGUCACAUGGAGGCGGAGUGAAAAGGUGUUUCUGUCUACUGUUUUUCAGUUGUUUUCGCUCAUAAGACUCCUUUUCCCAAACUGGCAUAAUUUGGCCUGCCUUAUUUUGAUCUCCUUGAUCACACCAGGUAGAAACCUUAUAACUGUAGAAGUAGGGAAGAUUUCCACUAGAAGUCAGACCUCAGAGAACAUCAGAAAACUCAUUGGGAGUUUGACAUGAUUGUAGUGAAUAUAGAAAAAUUUUCAUCCAAACAUCCAAUCUUAUAUUACCUAAGAGAACUCACACAAAUGUAAAGCCUUGUAAAUGUUAUGGAACUUGGAAUGCUUUCGGCCAGAAUUCACUUUGAGAACAUCAGAGAACUCACAGGGGUGAAAUCAUAAAGAUGAUGAAUGUAGUGGAAGUUACAAGUCAGGGUCAAGAAAAGAUUGCAGAACUCAGAGAAGGAGCUGAAAUUUAUUAAGCUGAUGAACAUGGAAGUUCCUCAGGAAGCUCCUCACUAGACAUAAGAGAACUGUGUCAGUCCGUUCAGGGUAUUGUUACAAAAUACCAUAGACUGAUUCGCUAAAAUAACAAACAUUGCUUUUCCACAGUUCUGGAAAGUGGCAGUCCCAAAUCAAGGGGGUGGUAGAUUUGGUGUGUGGUGAGGCUCCACUUCCUGGUUUGUAGAUGGCUAUCUUCUUGUAGUGAACGCACAUGGUGGAAGGGACCUCGGAUCUCUUUGGAGCCUCUUGAAUAAGGGCUCUGGCCUAAUGACUUCUUCAUCUCCAAAGGCCUCCACCUCCAAAUCGCAGCACCUUGGGGAUAAGAUUUCAACAGAUGAAUUUGGGGAGGACACAAACAUUCAGUUUUUAGCAAGUUCUUACACUGGAAGGAAACCCUUGAAAUGUAUAUAUACAGUCUUUCAGCCACUAAGGAUAAGUUUAGUCCUUACUGGACAUCAGAGAAUUAUUGGAGGAAAGAAAUAUUGUGCAGGUAAUGAAUAUAGGAAAUAUUCUCUAUGAACUCACCCGUCAACAAACUUGCACUGUGAAGAAAUACUGACUGUGUAAUGAAAAUGUGAAAGCUUUCUGUCAGAGAUGGAAUCUCAUGGAGUAGAGAAUUUACACAAUGAAGAAAAUGUAGAAUGUGAUAAAUGUGUGAUAACAUCAAGCAAAAGUCACCCUUCUCAGUACAGGCGAAAAUGCAUAGAGCAGUAGAGACCUCAUAAUGUAUCGAGGAGGUGAAAGAAAUCUUAUGAAGCUAAUGGAUUUGGGAAAUCCUGCCAGAAGUCAAUCCUCAAUAUAAUGUCUAUAAAUAAUAAAACUAAUGAAGAGACCCCUAUCCUGAAUACUACAUAUUCACCAAUAACCAUUUCCUUUUGUCCUUAGGCCCAUGACUAGUCUAACUUUCCCAACCACUCUUUUACCUUAAUGCGGUAAUGUCAGCAAAGUUUUGGUAGUGAAAUAGGACUGUCAGUGCUUAAACAACUCCCAUUAAAACAUUUUCAUCCUA